CGGUCCUCUGUUGGUGAUGCUGGGAGGUGUGGAAUGUGGUGCUGAAGUAGAUGGAAGAUCUAUAAUUGAUGGUUUUCUGUCGGAGAGUCCGGACCACCUGUCACUUCUCUGAGGACAAACUAAUACAAAGAGGAGAAAAGAGGCAGAGACGCGCGUAAUUUCUCUGCGUCUUUGCCGCGCCAUGCAUCACCCGCUCCUUCUCCUCGACCUCCUCUGACCGCCUCCUGCCUGUUCCUUCUUGGAUGAACUUUCUCGCCGCUUGCGAGGACGCGGCCGCUCGCAUAGAGAUCAUGAAGACGACGCGGAAAUGUCGCGCGCUGCUAUCGGUGGGUCUGAACCUGGUGGCCCUGUUCUUCUCCACUACCGCCUUCAUCACCACGUACUGGUGCGAGGGCACCCAGCGCGUCCCCAAACCCAACUGCAGCAAGCAGCGGCGCCACAACUGCAUCGACUACGGCGUGAACGAGACGGACCAGAACAAAGUCCACUACAGCUGGGAGACCGGGGACGACCGCUUCCUCUUCCGCCGCUUCCACACCGGCAUCUGGUACUCCUGCGAGGAAAACAUCCACGAAGCAGGUGAGAAGUGUCGGAGCUUCAUUGAUCUGGCCCCGGCGUCGGAGAGGGGUGUGUUGUGGUUGUCGGUUGUGUCGGAGGUGCUCUACAUCCUGCUGCUGGUGGUCGGCUUCAGCUUGAUGUGUCUUGAGCUUUUCCACUCCAGCAACGUCAUCGACGGGCUCAAACUCAACGCCUUCGCCGCCGUCUUCACCGUGCUGUCUGGUCUUCUGGGUAUGGUGGCUCAUAUGAUGUACACUCAGGUGUUCCAGAUCACAGUCAGUUUGGGUCCUGAAGACUGGAGGCCACACAGCUGGGACUAUGGCUGGUCCUUCUGCAUGGCCUGGGGUUCCUUCACUUGCUGCAUGGCGGCCUCCGUCACCACCCUCAACUCCUACACCAAGACAGUGAUCGAGUUCAGACACAAACGCAAGCUGUUUGAGCAGGGCCUGCGCGAGGAGCAGAACUACCUGGACCAGGAAGCUUUCCACUACUUCCGGGACCGUUCCCUCCAGUCCAUCUCCAGCACUGUGGAGGUCUACCCCGGCCACGGUGGGACCAGAACCGGACUUGUCGUCGGUGGCCCCGGUCCCGGUCCAGGACCAGGUCCAGGUCCUGGUCCCGGAAGGGGCAAGAUGAGAGCCGCGUCGGCUUCUAUAGACCUGGGGGAGAACACAGACUCACUGGGGGAGGAGCAGUGCUGAAUCAUCCAGGGAACGUGAGGGUCAUGUGGGAUGACAGGACGAACUGCUCCUUUAGGUGAGAACUUGCCACAAGUUCCGCCACCGAACACGAAAGCACAGCAGCCCUUAUUUUCUGUUUGAAGAAGGUUAACUUGAAAAGAACACAUGAAGUCACAGAAAUUAAUUAAAUUAGGUGGAUAUGUUCUUUAUAUAUUAAAUGAAAACCAGUAUAAAGUGUGAAAAACAGCUUUGACUUUGAGAAUUACAAUUCUUCAUGGAUGGAAAGCAGGUGUUUCUCCAGCAUAUUUUAAGGUGCUAUGUGUAGUAUUUCAACAUCAAUAUUAUCAAUUUUGAUACAUUAAAGUAGGCCGCUGUGGCCAGAAGUGGCAGUUACGAAAUAAUGAUGAAUGCUGAAAAGUAGCGCAUCAGUAGCACAACUAGAGAACCAUUGUAAUGUUAGUGUUACAGGAACCAACCUUAAAGUUGCUAACAUUAGCUACCAUAAGGUGCAAGUUGUACCAGACAAACCGAGGCUAUAGCCACACCUGAGAUUAGUGA